AUGGUAAUGAAAAUACGAACGUUAACUUAUCACGCAGCAUGCUUCUCAUGCUCAAGUUGCGAAAAGAAGCUAACAGUUGGAGAAGAAUUCGUUUUUCGAGAACGUGAAGACGAUGUAUUAUGUCGUGUUGAUUGUGAUGCAACUAAUAUUGAGCAACCAUCCUCAAUCAAAACGGAUAUUUAUGGACGAGAAGAUGAAGAUGGAUGGGACGGCUCAACUUUGACAAGUCUGGAUAAUCAAAUGUCAAGUACCCCACCACUUUCACUUCGAAGUCCUAAAUCAGAUGAGAUUGUAACUACAUUUAAUAGUUCGAAAUCACAAUUGAAAAAGAACAAGAAGGACAAACAAUCGACUAGAGUUCGAACGGUCCUUAACGAGAAGCAGCUAAUGACCCUCAAAGCAUGCUAUGCGGCUAAUGCUCGGCCAGAUGCUAUGAUGAAAGAACACCUCGUCGAAAUGACCGGUCUAAGUCCACGUGUGAUACGUGUAUGGUUCCAAAACAAACGCUGCAAAGAUAAGAAGCGACAAAUUGCAAUGAAACAUUUACAACAGAAGGCCGAAACAGAAAGAGCUAUUACGGGGGUACGAUUGGGCGGAGUUGGUCCACUGAUAGCUGCGUCACCAACACCACAUAGUGACCCGAACUUAAUCAGCAUCCAACCCGUUGAUAUUCACCAAUUUCCACAGAAUCCGAAUAUAUGGUCCGGUUUGGAAGCUAUAAAUGCUCAAGGAGGCAUGCCACAACCUCAACAUGUAUCACUGCAGCAGUCCACAUUGCAACAGCCUUCACCAUAUGCUCAAAUUAUGCCACCACCGCCACCUCACUAUGCAGAUUUGGGGAAUGAUUUGAGUAGCAGUGGUUAUAGUAACAUGAUGUCCGCGACCGGACCAAACAAUCAUCUUUUCUCGGUCAAUAUGGGCACAGACCUCGAAUUUUCGCCUCAAGUGAAUGCUUCUGAUUUAUCAUCGCCAUCAUGCAGCGAGUAG